AUGUACAGUGACAACGCCACAACGAUCGAGGGAGCAGCCAACGAACUCAACAGACUGUACAAUCAACAGUCUCCCGAGAACCAACAAAUUAGAGCAGCAUUGGCACACAAUGGCACGCAGUGGAAAUUCAUCCCACCAAAAGCCCCUCACUUCGUAGGAAAGUGGGAAGCUGCGGUAAAAUCAACGAAGUAUCAGCUACGACGAGUGCUGGGAACCACAACAUUAACUUAUGAAGAGUUAAAUAUGGUCCUGGUACAGAUCGAGGCCUGUCUCAACUCGAGGCCAAUUGUCCCAAAGACGGAUGACCCUGAUGACCUGCAGGUAUUAACACCAGGGCACUUCCUCAUCGGAGAGCCUCUCCAACUCAUCCCGGAGCCAUCUCAACUCGACGCCAACACAACGAAAAUUACCAGAUGGAAUCUGGUGACUCAAAAAACUCAACAAUUCUGGUACAGAUGGUCGAGAGAAUGUCUUCAACUUUCAUUCAACGUAUAA